AACAAAGUUCAGCGCAACAAAAAUUUAGUUGAAAAAAAUGUGGCCAGAACAGUGAGAGAGACGCCUCCCCGCCGAGAGGUCUGGACCAGUGCAAUGCAGUGUGCUGCUGGCAGUCAAGGUCGCCGCUUCUGACCAGAAACAUGUCACAGACAACAACAUAGCGCCAGCACGAGACUCAGCCAGAAAUAAUAAUAUCACAGAAGAAACCACCAACCACCAGCCACCAGCAAUAAGGAAGCAUUUAAGGCGUUUUGAAGCUACUUGAAGCCAUCUUCGGCGCAUCAGCACAAAAACACACACAAAAACUUAAAGUUUGCCCAGCAUGGGGAGACGCCACAAACAACACUGCCACCAUCCCAUGCGGGGCUCGGCGUGGCAGCUGCAACUGCUGCUGCCCGCGGUGCUGCUGCCGCUGCUCCUGUUGGCCACUCUCGGUCUUGCGUGCCGCGUCUCGGAGUUCUCCUGCAAGGGCAGCGGGAACAGUGGCAACAUUUGCGUUCCUCUGGACAAAUACUGCGAUGGACGCAGCGACUGUGCCGAUGGCAGCGACGAGCCCAAACAUUGUUCGGUGUGCAAUCGUACAUAUUACGGGGAUAUUGGACGCACCUAUGCCAUAAAAGUGCCAACGCCACAGUGGAAUAAAUUGCCGUUCCUCUGUCACUUGACAUUCACAGCAUCCGGUCAUGAUCAAGGCGACAUCGUUCAGAUCAUCUUUGAUGGCUUUACGGUGGGACGCUUCGACGAAGGCAUGGUCGAUACGGAUGUGGAUGGCUAUGAAACGAAUCUAAGUCCCACGGGCGAGCUGCCCGGCUGCCCCGAGGGCUUCAUGCAGCUCAGCGAAUUGGGACGCCCGUUCACCGGGGGCUCGUGGUGCGGCAAGGCCACAGGACCGCAAUUGUAUUUCAGCGAAACAUCAACGGUAACGGCAUCUGUGAAGGUAUUUCAUCCGCCACGCAAUAUACGAGAUGAGAAGCCUUUUGAGUUCAGCAUAAGAUAUAAAUUUAUCAGCCAGUCGGAUGCAGUUGUAAGAUACGGUCUGCCCGAUAAGCCGCUCGAACUGGGCCGUGUCACACCUGGCACCUAUUGUACGAGGCAAUUCGAUGAAUGCUAUCGUAACAAGUGUCGCCUGCAAAGUCCAAAUUAUCCUGGUAUGUAUCCGAGGAAUGUUACCUGCUACUGGACCAUACGACAGAAAGAAGUUCCCACCAGCAAACAUGCCAUGAUUGCCGUUAGCCAGGAGAAUCAGCACAAGGCCUUAGUGAAGCGGUCAAUUGCCAGCUUCAAUAAGACCUCACGCUCCAUACGCGCCUGGUCGGACUGCACGGGCGAACGUGAUCAUCUCAUCUUCUAUGACGGCAGCUCCACCAACGAUCCCGUGCUGGCCAAAUACUGCGGCGGCGAUUGGUUGCCACGCGUCGUGUCACGUGGCGCAGAAAUGCUGGUCGCCUUCCACUCGAGCCCCUUCUCGGCCCCGUUGCAGCAGGGCAUACCGAAUCGGGGCUUCGAACUGGAUGUGGACAUACUCUUCACCGACUCGGACUCCUACGACUUUGCCCAGGGCACCAAGAACCUCUGCGAGUUCCACAUAAAUGCCUCGAAUCCAGAUGAUGUGCUAUUCUCGCGUCGCGGCCGCAUGGGACGCAUUGUGAGUCCGCGUCACACGCUUCCGCCGAACACAACGUGCACGUACCACUUUCACGGAUAUCCUGGUGACCUGAUUUGGUUAUCGUUCACCAGCUACAAUCUGCAGAUCCUGCAGCAGGCGAUACACGACAACAAUACGCUGGGACGGAGCGAUCUGCCGCCUUGGAUAACCCGCCUGCGGAUGUGGGACAGCUAUGGCACAUAUGUGCCCAUGAAAUCGACAAGUUCAACCACCGGACAGCCGCCACCGCCACCGCCAGUGGCCUCCUCGGCGGACGGAGGGAAGCCCACGCUAUUGAACCAGAGCAACUACGGCAGCUACUACUAUAGUGCCAGUAAUCCGAAGCUGAAUCGAAAUCUGCGCGUCAAUAUCGACAAUGCCUGGAAUCCGGUGGACACGUACAUCUACGGACCCACACAGUCGAGUGUGUUCAACCAGGAGAACAAGUACAGCGGCUACCAGGGUGGUGCCGGUGGUGGUCCUGCCGGUGGUGGCGCAGCCGGUGGUGGCACAGGCAAGCAGUUGACCAGCGUCAAGGACAGCCUCAACUACAUUUCCGGCGGCAAGUCCUCCGUCAAAGAUGGCGGCGCUGGUGCCUCUGCUGCCGCCGUCCUCAGCUCGGACAGGAACAACGCCGUCGCGCUGAUGAGCACCAAGGGCAAGCGACGCCUCAUGCUGGAGAUCUACGACUACGAGACGCCUAAGCUGUGCGAUCACACGGCCAUCGGGAGUGGCGUGAGCGGCAGCAGCGCCCUGAUGGGCGGCAACAAGCAGCGGCCGUGCAGUCCGCUGGAGAGCUACGUGAGCACGGGCAGAGAUUUGAAACUGGAGUUCCACACGCAUACGGGAACAGCCUUGUUCCCGGCGCAAUUCGCUUUGAACUACGAGUUUGUGGACACGGAACAGGGUGGGGACACCUGGCCAGGCAGGCGAGGCGAGGAUCCAGUGCCGCCUCUAUGCACCCGAAUCUUUCGGAAGCGCAAAGGCAACAUCCAGGUGCCCCGGAACGUCUUCCUGUAUGGCCGAGGCGGGGCCAAGAACAUCACCUGCCUGUACAGGUUCGAGGCGGGUCCAUCGGAGCGGGUAAAGCUGGUGCUGCACAAUGUAUCCUUUGGCGAGGGCACCGCCUGCACCACCGACUCAGAUCUGCAUACGGGCCGGCCGCGCUGCAAUCAAUUGGAUCCAGAGGGUCGCAUUACGGAGCUGCGACUCUUUGAUGUCCCCUUCCGAGAUGUCAAAAUCCAGCUGGGAUGCUUCUGCGACAACUCGAGUGCCCUGUACAGCAAUGCCCCGCUGACGUUCGUCUCCCACUCGCGGAUUAUGGAGCUCAGCUUCACGGUGACCCGACUCAACAUCUCCGAGGACUUUGCCGAUGUCUUUUUCUCCGCCUCGUACGAGUUCAAGCGCCAGCCGGACUGUCGCAAGCAAUUGAAGCUCAAGGGCGCUGGUGGCGAGGAUGAGCUCAAGUAUCCGCUGAAGACGCAGGAUGCCAGCUGCGAGGGCCUGGCCUGGUACAUCGAGGCCCAGUCCGCCGAACGGUCCCUCUUCGUCCAGACCUGGGGCGCCUAUCUACCUGUGGAUCCCACAUCGGAGGAUGCCAUGCGGUGUCACACCAAAAACCGUCUGAUGAUCUACUCGGGCAGGCCGCUCAAGCCCAUGCGAGUGGUGUGCCCCGCCCAGAGUGGGCCGAGGCCAAUGUCCUUGCACAUCUUCUCCGAGGACUGGACCAACGGACAGCCUUUGUUCAUGAACAAGCCCAUCAGUCUGGUGCUGGAGCCCAUACUAAAGGAGCCCGGCGAUAUAGCCUUCACAUGGCUGGAGAUACACCGCACCAAGAAUGCGCUGCUGCAGCAGUUGGACCUGCAUGUGAACGCAAGCGUGACCACGGGCCUGGGCUCCGGCUCCGGCUCUGGCUCUGGCUCUCAGCCCUCUGGCCAUAGUUCAGGCUCUGGCGGAGUGGUCGGCACGGGCAGUGCUGGAGUGGCCGGGGCUGGCGGAGUAGGUGGUGGAGGAACUGCCGGCGCUGGAGGCUCAGCAAGCGGUGCUACGGCCAACGAAACCCUGAACGAAUUUGGUUUCUAUCCCAAGGAGUCAGAUUGCGAAUACAAAUGUCCUGAAAUUGAUGCAUGCAUAGCAGCCAGCCUGUGGUGUGAUGGUCAUCACAACUGCCCCAGCGGCUUCGAUGAAUCGGAGGAGGAAUGCGGCACCGCCCGUAAGCUGCUGGAGUUGCCUGGCGGCGUCUUUGCGGCCCUGGGAUGCAUCGCUGCCGCUCUGACCGCAUGCCUAAUCUUCUGCAUGUUCGGGCUGAUGCGAAAGCGCAAAAAGAGUGUGGUGCAGAAGGGUGGCGGCGUUGGCGGCGUUGGAGGCGUGGGCGUGGGCAUUGGCUUCAUGAAUGGCGCCAGCAAUGGGAAUGUAUCGGCCGCCAGCAUCGGCACCCUGAAGAAGGACUUCAAGAAGGAGGCCCUGUUCAUCGAUCCGGCCUCCUGACACGGACUCCAGCCGGUCGAGUACAUACAUGUGGAUCGGGAGACCACCGUGUGAUAUGUUGCCGCCGGCUGUGGCAUGCCCUACGACGAGCACCUGGAGCUGGGAAUGGAAAUGGCCUGACCAAGCGAUCAGCAGAGUGCCCUCGACACAGUUCAGGGUCUGGCCUGGAGAUUUUAAAGCUACUGAGAAUGACGAUGAAGGUAUAUGAAUGGAUUGGAGGCAUGAACACUAUAAAAAACUAAAUUGUAUGUCGAUAACCUUUUCUAAACGCUUCUGGGAGUAACCAAUCGACUAGGAACGUGCGAGUGUAUGGUGCAUAGUCUUAGGGACAUUCGAUCAGCCGAUUGAUCUAUUUAUUUCAUUUCAGUUUGUUAUUCUGUCUUUAUUGUUUGGGACUUCUAGUACCACAGAUCUAACUGUAUAUAGUUUGAAUAUAUUUUAUGUAUUCCGUUGGGAUAGAAGUCAAGAACAGGCAGAUUUCAGUGGAUUUUAUACGAAAUUAGGGACAGUGAUAGCAAUUUAAGUUUAUUUUCCUCUAAAGAGAAUUUUUCAUGGCGUGCGAGUAUGUUUCAUAAAGAAAACCAUUCAAUAUAAAGACUUUUAGGUCCACUCUUAAAUACAUACUAUACAAAACAGCUUCAAGCCUAGAUCAACGUACAUUUUGUUCUCGAAAAGUGAUUCCCUCAUCUUGACUUCACAAAAUGUCUGUUAAUUUGAGCUGUCU